GCCGCCUCCUUCCCCGUCCCCUACGCGCGGAGCCUUGCGACUCUCGCCGACAUGUUGAGCUGCCUCUUCUUCCCGAAGGCCCUUCUUGUUCUUGGGUUCCUGGCAUCCUGGGUGACUGCAGGAGAGUAUGUGAAAGAAGGAGAAUGCCCUCCUGACGAGAGCCCAUGCAAAGACCUGUGCCAGGGGGAUGAAUCGUGUCCAGCAGGGCAGAAGUGCUGCAGCAUGGGCUGUGGUCGGGUCUGCCAAGGAGGCAUUCCUGAGGGGAAGAGAGGAGAUUGUCUCGGGGUUGUUCAGAAUCCAUCCUGUUUUAAAAAUUGCAUCAACGAUGAGACAUGUCCGGGUAUAACGAAAUGCUGCACUUUUGGCUGCAAUACAAGCUGUGUAGCCCCAAUGUCUAAGGAGAAGCUGGAGUUUGGCGGGGAGUGUCCUCCCGACCCCCUUCCCUGCGAGGAGCUGUGUGACAGGGACGAGUCCUGCCCCGAGGAACAUAAAUGCUGCAGCACCGGCUGCGGUCACGCCUGCCGUGGGGACAUCCAGGGAGGGCGGGACGGUGACUGCCCUACAAUCUUGGUGGGCCUGUGCAUUAUCAGCUGCGUGACAGACGACAACUGCCAACCCGGGCAGAGAUGCUGUAAGUCAGGCUGUGGCCGCUUCUGUGCCCCUCCAGUUCUGCCAGCCAAACUGGCCGUGCCGCCCACUGACCCGUCAGGCCUAAUUCUGAAUUAGAGGUCCUGGUGUCCUGACUGUCCUGAUGCGUUCUGGAAAGCUUUGGUGACUCCAAGGAGCUUGUCCGGCACCAGGAUGGGUGAAGGUCCCAGGGAGUCUCUCACUUUCUGUGCUAUUCCUGCUGCUGCUGCCUCACGCAUAGGAAACAUGGCCCCGGGGCUGUGGAGUGGGCGUGUGGGGCUUCUUCUCCCUAAUAAAGGCUGGU